AUGGAAAUUGUGAAGAAAGGCUCGACUCUGACGGUAACACAGAGUCGCUUCGUGAAUCUCCAACCUGACCUGCCAAACGAAUCAAGUGGAUAUGGAAACUUGGGAGACGGCCGCUUCAUGCUGCCAUCGAGUGCCCAGUUUAUGCUAGACGGCGAUGAAGAGAAGCAAAACCCCAGAAUUCUUGGAAAGGGAACCAAACAAGGCAAAGAAUUAUCCAGUGGCAGGCGCGCGCGCGUAUUGUGGGCUGCGCUUGCAGCAACGGUGUCCUUAUUAGCGAUAGUGUUCUUGGUUCAGCAGUGUUCGACUGCUUUGCAGGCGCCGCACUCAAGUGCAACUUUUCGGCGGCUGGCAGUGGCUUCGGGCGACCACCCAGAUCUUCAGAUAUGUCAGGAGGAGGUUCCCGAGCAAGCAAAAGAGGCUGCGAGGCGCAUAGUCGCCAGAGUCAAGCACUGGGUGGAUACAAGCAAAAAUUGGAAAUUUGACGGUGCGGGCGGAAGUCGACAAGUCGAGCAGAUUGCCUGGGCCUCUAUAAAGAGACGUGCUCUGACUCCCACGGGGAAAGAGCAUUGGAUUCAGGUCAGCGUCCGCUUUGCGAAGGGCAGAGAGGUACGGCAUGCGUCACACGCCAACAGGAAAAAGGGCAGGUUGCUGAUGGGCCCGAUGUUAUUUAAGCUGAAAUACUGUGAAAUUGAAACUGCUGAUAAACUCGAGGAAGAGUGGGAUCGAGUCGAGACCGUUAUUAUGGAGUCCACAGACACCGGCCAAAGAAGAGAGGUUGCAGUGGCAGCGGAGAGGUGCCGACCACACGGCUUCGAGAUGGGUGUUGUGACAAUAAAAGUGCGCUGUGCAACUUCUCGCGAGGUACGCCUUCAUCGAUUGGAACGGACGCAUUAUGAAGGAGCAAACCCUAACUUUGUGGCAUUGGUGCCCUUUGCUCGCAAGCCUGCACAAUCAGACGGAGCUACCAAAGUUUGCACUAACAUCAGCUUUGUAUCUCGUGCCACUCCUGACUGUAUUGAUGUUUGCUGUGGGGAAGAGAAAGCGUCUGACGGGCCACCCUUACAAGGAUGUUACUGGCAUGAAAUCAUGGCAUUCCAACGGUGGCGGGGGCGAUCAGCAGGGACGUUCUGGAACAAGUGCGUGUGGGAUGGGCGUUUCUGUAGG